GCUGAACCUAACACCACAACCAAAGACCGAUAGGCGGAAUUUAGCUGCCCUGCCUGAGAAAAAAACACUUGGACGAGCUUGAAUCCACUCAGCAUAUCCACCCUGCCUGGCGCGAAGAGGAAAGCUCCCAGCAGUUUAAACAGAGUAAAAUGCAUACAGUGCAGAGGCUCUCUCCAGCCAUAGUGGCUAAAGUUUUCAGCAGACUGGCCAUGAGACUAAACAGCACUGGAGGAAGACCACCCGCUCCACUAGGGGCGAGAUUUCUGACUGAUCCUGAUGACAUCUUCAAGCACAACAUGUGGGAUCAUGUGCAGUGGACAGAGGAGGAGAAAGAGACUGCCCGUCAAAAGGCAAAAGAAAAUUCCUGUGUCCGGAUUCCUCUAAAUGAACAAGGUAAAUAUGAUACAGAGGCCUGCAGUUACUGGGACAAGUUUUAUGAGAUGCACCAGGACAAGUUCUUCAAAGAUCGCAAGUGGCUGCUCCUCGAAUUCCCAGAGCUGCUUCCUGUGCGGGCAGAAAGCAUCGCCACAGACGGCUGUCAGGGUGGGCAACAGACCGUGCACCCACAACCUCGAGGAUCUGGCAGGGACACUGAGAGCGGGCACCCUCAGCGCUGUAGUCUCACUCAGCAGCACAGAAAGACAGACUCUUCCGCACGCCAACACUCGUGUCGGAGAGAGGAGCUAGAAAAUGAUGACUCCGCUGCACAAACUGCUUCCUUCCCUGGACAGCAUGCUUCUUUCAGGAUCUUGGAGGUUGGAUGUGGUGUGGGUAACAGUGUAUUUCCUGUUGUUAACUCAAUCAAGGAAACAGGUGCAUUUUUAUACUGUUGUGACUUUUCCCCGCGUGCAAUUCAGCUGGUCAAGGACCAUCCAGACUAUGAUCACUCUGUGUGUCAUGCCUUUGUCCAUGACAUUUGUGAGGAGGUGGCCUCCUUUCCCUUUCCUCCUCAGAGCCUGGAUGUUAUUCUGGCAGUCUUUGUGCUCUCCUCCAUUCAUCCAGAGCGAAUGCAAGCCGUUGUGAACCGACUGUCUACCUACCUGAAACAUGGAGGCGUGUUUCUCCUCCGUGAUUAUGGCAGAUAUGACUUUUCACAGCUUAGGUUUAAGAAAGGACGGUGCUUAUCAGAGAAUUUCUACGUACGUGGAGAUGGAACUUGUGUUUACUUUUUCACCAAAGAGGAGGUUCAUAACUUAUUUGUCAACGCGGGAUUGGAGGAGGUGCAGAAUCUGGAGGACAGACGACUGCAAGUGAACAGAGGAAAGAAAGUUGCAAUGCACCGGGUGUGGAUGCAGAGCAAGUACAGGAAAUCAUAUCCACCUCCACCAUGUUAACACCGCACCUGGCACGGCCCCAUUUGGAACUAGGCCUUCUGCAUUUUACUACUGCACUUGUACUUACAUAGAUUUUUUUUUUGUACCAUGAAGAAUGUGAGCAACACAGACAAAACUAUUGUCAAUAAACUUAUAAAAACAUGUGUAUCAAAUAUCAGUGGUCUUUUCUGGGUUUGCAUAUAACAGUGUGUGCAUACAUAUAAUGCUCAUGGUUAGGUUUUCGUUGUUUACAGGAACCUCCAUAGAUCUAUGGACAAUGAACUAAGAAACCGACUAAUUAAAUAAAAAUCUAUAAAAUGUUACUGGACAGGGAUUUGGGAUUUUAUUUUUUAAUUUUAUUUUCCCUUUAAAUAAUUCUGAACUAAUUAAGGAGAUUAUUUAUGAUCUCCGAAGUCAUGUCUUAUAUAUAUCUUUUAUUAUUUAAGCACUUUCCCUUAUUCCUUUGCUUUUAAGUAGGCAUAUCCUAUUUC